AUGUUCAGGAGCGCCAUCCAAAACUCUGCCCUCCGGGCUUCCAGAAGCGCCUUCAGACCAGCUUUAUCGACUGGUUUAAGAGCAGCUUCUGCUAGAUUUGCGAGUGACAGUGCCAUACAUGGCAAGAUCCAUCAAGUCAUUGGUGCCGUCGUUGAUGUAAAAUUCGAUACCGAGAAGCUCCCACCCAUUCUCAACGCCCUCGAGACCGAUAACGGUGGUAACAAACUCAUCCUUGAGGUCGCACAACAUUUGGGAGAGAAUGUCGUCAGAACUAUUGCUAUGGAUGGUACCGAAGGUUUGGUCCGUGGUCACCGAGCAACCGAUACUGGAUCACCAAUCAUGGUACCAGUCGGUGCAGGAACCCUCGGUCGUAUCAUGAACGUUACUGGUGACCCAAUCGAUGAGCGUGGACCCAUCAAGACCGACAAGAGACUACCAAUCCACGCCGACGCCCCACCUUUCACUGAACAAUCUACCACUGCUGAAGUUUUGGUCACUGGUAUUAAGGUCGUCGAUUUGCUCGCUCCUUACGCUCGUGGUGGAAAGAUUGGUCUCUUCGGAGGAGCUGGUGUCGGAAAGACUGUGUUCAUUCAAGAGUUGAUCAACAACAUUGCCAAGGCACACGGUGGUUACUCUGUUUUCACUGGUGUAGGUGAACGUACACGUGAGGGUAACGAUUUGUACCACGAGAUGCAAGAGACAUCAGUCAUUCAACUUGACGGAGACUCCAAGGUCGCUUUGGUCUUCGGUCAAAUGAACGAGCCUCCCGGAGCCCGUGCCCGUGUUGCUCUUACCGGAUUGACAUUAGCUGAACAGUUCAGAGAAGAGGGACAAGAUGUUUUGCUCUUCAUUGAUAACAUUUUCAGAUUCACUCAAGCCGGUUCUGAGGUGUCUGCUCUUCUUGGUCGUAUCCCAUCUGCUGUAGGUUACCAACCUACUCUCGCCGUCGACAUGGGUUCUAUGCAAGAACGUAUCACAACCACCACAAAGGGUUCCAUUACCUCCGUUCAGGCUGUUUACGUACCAGCCGAUGAUUUGACUGAUCCUGCCCCUGCUACCACCUUCGCCCAUUUGGACGCCACCACUGUCUUGUCCCGUGGUAUCUCUGAGUUAGGUAUUUACCCAGCUGUCGAUCCCCUUGACUCUAAAUCCCGUAUGUUGGAUCCCCGUGUUGUAGGACAAGAUCACUACGAUACCGCCACCCGUGUUCAACAAAUGUUGCAAGAGUACAAAUCCCUCCAAGAUAUCAUUGCCAUUCUCGGUAUGGAUGAAUUAUCAGAAGCUGAUAAGUUGACUGUCGAGCGUGCCCGUAAAUUGCAAAGAUUCUUGUCUCAACCAUUCACUGUCGCACACGUUUUCACCGGUAUUGAGGGUGUUCUCGUUGACUUGAAGAACACAAUCUCCAGUUUCAAGGCUAUCAUGAACGGAGAGGGUGAUGAUUUACCAGAAGGUGCUUUCUAUAUGGUCGGUGACUUUGCAUCAGCACGAGCAAAGGGAGAGAAGAUUCUUGCAGAAUUAUGGAUGAGAGACGAAGAUGAUGAAAAAGGGAAGGGGUAG